GAAAAGGUCAGUUAAAUACCUUUUCCCAUCAACAAGGUGUUUUCCCCCUUUCUGUUUUAACUGUCUUUAAUGUCCUAGGACAUAUCCUGAGCUCUUAUGAAGUGUCUCAACUAGAUAAAAUUGAAUCCAGAAUAGCCAAGGUGCUGUGGUGGUAUUAUUUUUCCAAAGUAAUUGAAUUCAUGGACACUAUCUUCUUUGUACUGAGAAAGAAAAGCAGCCAGAUCACCUUCCUUCAUGUGUAUCACCAUGCCACUAUGUUUAACAUUUGGUGGUGUGUUCUGAACUGGAUACCCUGUGGGCAAAGUUUCUUUGGACCCACUUUGAAUAGCUUUAUCCAUGUGCUCAUGUAUUCUUAUUACGGACUGUCCGUCAUCCCUUCCAUGCGCAAGUAUCUCUGGUGGAAGAAAUACCUCACUCAGGCACAACUGGUCCAGUUUCUGCUCACUAUUGUGCACACACUCAGCGCAGCUGUGAAGCCAUGUGGAUUCCCAUUUGGCUGCCUCAUGUUCCAGUCCUCCUAUAUGGCCACGCUGGUUGUUCUCUUCAUAAACUUCUACAUUAAGGUAAGCAGUCUUCCAAGAGCUUUCCAACAAA